UUUAAUAUAUAAAAUAAAAUUUAAUAUAUUCAAUUAAUUUCUGUUUUCAAAAAAUAUUUUUAAACACUGUACUUUAAUUAAAUUUAAAAUGGAAAUUGAUUAUAAACUUUUAAAAGAAAUAGAUUGUAAGCAAGGAGCUGUUAGAGCUGUACGAUUUAGUGUUGAUGGUGCUUAUUGUUUAACUUGUGGAUCUGACAGGAAAUUAAAAUUAUGGAAUCCUUAUAGAGGUGUUACUUUAAAAACAUAUGAGGGACAUGGAAAUGAGGUAAUGGAUAGUAGUGCAUCUUGUGAUAGUAGUCAAAUAGUGUCUUGUGGAUUAGAUAAAUCAGUUAUUCUUUGGGAUGUAGCAAGUGGAACUCCAAUACGCCGUCUAAGAGGUCAUGCAGGUCCUGUUAAUACUGUAAGAUUUAAUGAAGAGUCAUCUAUGGUUAUUUCUGGAUCAAGAGAUAAUUUGGUUAUGUUAUGGGAUAUCCGUUCUAAAAUGUUAGAACCUGUGCAAUGUUUAAAUGAAGCUAAAGAUUCUAUUUCUAGUGUUAGAAUAUCAAAUCAUGAAAUUUUAACAGCUUCUUUUGAUGGAAAAAUACGCAGAUAUGAUAUUCGUGUAGGUGAAAUAUAUGCAGAUUAUAUAGGAGAUGCAGUAAUAUGUGCAAGUUUUACAAGAGAUGGUCAAUGCAUAGUAGUUAGUUCUGCUGAUGGUAUAAUUAGAUUAAUAGAUAAAGAUUCAGGAGAAUUACUUGGAGAAUUUACAGGUCAUGUGGUUAAUAAUUUAUGCUUAGAAUCAAAUGUUGAUAAUCAAGAUACUCGCAUUAUUUCUGGAUCUGCAGAUGGAAAAUUGUGGAUAUGGGAUUUGGUUUCUCAGAAAGUAGUUGCAAAACUUUCAGGAUUUAAAUCAACAAAACAUCCUAUGGUAUCAUUAAGUGUUCAUCCACAAAGAAAUUGUUUUUUAGCUACUAAUGGAUCAAAUAUAUUAAUGUGGACUAUAUCAGCAUAAA